AUGAAUGAUAAUGUCAACCCUGAUAGCCUCUUUGACGACGAGUAUUACCUGUUUGCCGGUGUAGGCUCAGAUCGUGAUGACAUGGAGCACGACGAAUUGGAAGACUCAAGUCAGAAUACCUAUGUCGACCAUGAUCCAUUGGACUAUGUCUACUCAAACCUCCCAGACCACACACACAUCCUGAAGCACGCCGCAAAUUGCGAUCACUGCAAGGCCAAGAAGUUUGUGUCUGAGGCCCCGGGAUUCUGCUGUCACAGUGGGCAGAUCCAGCUGAAGCAACCGGAGCCCGUCCCGGAGCUAAUGAGGCUUUGGUCUAGCAUGGAUGCGGACUCAAGGCAUUUUCGGGAGAACAUACGGUUCUUCAACGGCCACUUCUCAUUCACAACCCUCGGCGUCAGCCUUGAUGAAAGCUACACAAACAUGAAGUCUGGGGUGUACACGUUCCGGGCGCACGGCACCAUCUACCACAACGUUCAUUCCUUCGGGCCAACAUCACGUCCAGAUCAUCUACAGUUGUACUUCUACGACGAUGACCCAAGCCUAACCCAUCGCAAGGCUGCCACCGAGCAAUUAGACCAAGAUGUCGUCAGAAAGGACAACCUCGACGAUUACAGGAUAGACCUCAACACUGACCAGAGACUAGACCAACGGAAGUAUAAUAGACCUCUGUCAUCUGAGGUCGCUGCAAUUUGGGUGGAGGGCACUGACCUAGCAAAGAGGUUCGAUCGUAGGAUUACACUUUGCGGGAAUGACAACCAGAGGCACAGUAUACAUGUGACGGCUGGCUCGUAUGACCCUCUCUCUUACCCACUCUUCUACCCAAGGGGGGAGCUCGGUUGGCACCCGAAACUUCCUAAACGUGAUGUCCCUUGGCCGGUUGUGCAACAACCAAGAGGUAGAGGUGAUGAUGAUGAUGAUGAGGAUGCAGAGGGGAAUAGCAGGUUAUGCGUCUCGGUGAGAGACUACUACUGUUACAUGCUCCAGACACGACCUGGGAUAUUCAAUCCCAUACUCUGUGGAGCACGAUUGCUCCAGCAAUGGGGGGUGGACAUGUACAUCAAGAUUGAGAGUUGUGGCGACCGCGACAUGAAGCGGAGGCAUAUGGAUGCCAUGGCAAUUGUCCAUACCUACGGGAAGCCUGACAUCUUCUUGACCAUGACCUGCAACCCUAACUGGGAAGAGAUAACGAAUGAGUUGUUUCCUGGUCAGACAGCGCAAGACCGACCUGAUCUUUUGGCUCGUGUGUUCCAUGGCAAGCUAGAGGCUAUGAAAGAGAUGUUGUUCAAGAAGAAUAUCCUGGGUGUUGUUGUUGCACAUAACGAGUGCAAGUGCAGAUACCCGCAGUCGUUCAAUGAAAACACGACACAGGGCAAGGACUCAUACCCUGUUUAUCGUCGUCGAGAUAAUGGUCGGCAGGCUAAGGUCCAGGGUAAAAUGUUGGACAACAGAUGGGUUGUGCCGUAUAACCCUUACCUUCUGCGGAUGUUCAAUUGCCACAUCAACGUUGAGGUUUGCUCCAGCAUAAAGGCCGUCAAAUACCUUUACAAGUACAUAUACAAGGGCCAUGAUAGGGCUUCUUUCAGGAUCGACCAGCCCGACGCUGAUGGUAACAUUGAUGAGAUCAAAAAAUACGUAGACGCGAGGUGGGUUACUCCUCCAGAGGCGAUGUGGAGGAUAUUUGGCUUCCCCUUGUGUGCCAAUGACCCGCCUGUACUACAGUUGCCUCUUCAUCUCCCGAAUAUGCACAGGGUGGCAUUCAAUGAGCAAGCUCACUUGACCGACGUAGUCGCCUCCGAGAAAGCUUCCAAAUCCAUGUUGACAGAGUAUUUCAAAGCUAACCAAAACCACCCGUGGGCUAGGAAUAUAUUGUACAAGGAUUUUCCUGGAAGGUUUACAUGGCAGAAGGGUAAGAAGUAUUGGAAAGAGCGGGUGGAGCGUUAUCAGAUAGGUCGAAUUGUGUCUGCCAAUCCUUCCGAGGGGGAGCGAUACUAUCUGUGUGUGCUGCUAAACCAUGUUGCUGGCAAGACAUCCUAUGAGGACCUGCUCACCGUGGACGGUAGGCUAUGCGGGAGCUUUAGAGAGGCUGCCGAAAGGUUGGGACUCAUCGAGGCAGAUAACACGCUCGACGACUGUCUUACCGAGGCAGAGCAGUGGGCGAUGCCAUGUUCGCUCAGGAGGCUCUUCGCAACAAUUUUGGUGCACUGUGAGCCAGGCGACGUGCGUGGUUUAUGGGAUAGGCACUUCGAGCCUAUGUCUGAUGACUAUCGGCGAUCACACACAUGCCGGAUUGAGGUGGAACAGAUGGUGUUGCUUGACAUUAGGGGUAUGUUGCAGUCCAUGGGCAAAGACAUAGCUGAUUUCUCUCUUCCAUGCAUUGACGAUGCAUUCGACCCAACCGAGGGAGAGGCCAGAGAAGUGAUCGAGGAAUCCAACGUCGAUUUUGACAUCAACGACACUAAAUUGGCUUCGUCGCUAAACUUGGAGCAGAGGGUUGCAUACAACGAGAUACUAGCUUCUGUUGAACGCGGUGAUGGGGGUGUGUUCUUUGUUGAUGGACCGGGAGGUACAGGGAAGACCUUCCUGUACAGGGCGCUGCUCGCCAAGGUUCGAAGCAAGGGAAACAUCGCUAUCGCUACCGCGACGUCAGGCGUCGCCGCUUCUAUCAUGCCUGGAGGCAGGACUGCCCAGUCGAGGUUCAAGAUCCCAUUGAGCUGCGAUGAUGGCGCCUCAUGCACCUUCACGAAACAGAGUGGUACCGCCAAGCUACUGAGGAUGGCCUCAUUGAUACUAUGGGACGAGGCCACCAUGACUAAGCGACAGGCGGUCGAGGCACUGGACAACAGCAUGCGCGACAUCAUGGGAAGACGGGACCGACCCUUUGGAGGAAAAACUGUUGUGUUUGGCGGGGACUUCAGGCAGGUGCUUCCGGUCGUCAGGAGGGGGUCCCGGGAUCAGAUAAUCGAUGCAACCCUUCGAAGUUCACACCUCUGGAAGGGUAUGCGCCAGCUAAGGCUCGUCACCAACAUGAGGGCUCAUAAUGACACCUGGUUUCCGGAUUACUUGCUAAGGGUAGGCAAUGGCACCGAGGAAGUUGACGAUCAAGGAAACAUACGACUCCCUGAAGAUAUUUGUGUGCCGUCUACAGGCGAGGGUGACGACCUGGAGAAGCUGAUUGACCAUGUGUUUCCGAGACUAGAUGACAACAUGUCCGAUCCGAAUUACAUGACUUCACACGCAAUCCUCUCCACCACGAACGACAACGUCGAGAAGAUAAACAUACGCAUGGUAGAGCGUUUUCGGGGAGAAGAAGUAAUCUACCAUAGCUUUGACAGUGCAGAAGACGACCCGUAUGGCUACUACGCUCCCGAGUUCCUAAAUGGAUUGGCUCCCAACGGUCUGCCUCCGCAUGCACUCAAACUGAAGCUCAACUGCCCCGUCAUACUUCUGAGGAACAUUGAUCCGGCUAAUGGUCUGUGUAACGGGACGAGGCUUGUGGUGCGAGGUUUCGAGAGGAACGCCAUCGACGCAGAAAUCGUGAUCGGACAACACGCAGGUAGGAGGGUAUUCCUUCCUCGAAUACCCCUAUGCCCGUCUGACAACGGCAUGUUUCCAUUCAAGUUCAAGAGGAAGCAAUUUCCUGUAAGGCUUAGCUUUGCUAUGACGAUUAACAAGGCUCAAGGCCAGACGAUUCCGAUUGUUGGCGUGUACCUACCUAAUCCUGUGUUCUCUCAUGGUCAACUCUAUGUCGCACUGUCUCGAGCCACCGCAAAGAGAAACAUAAAGAUCCUCAUUGAGAAGGAGAAGGAGAAGGAGAAUGCCAAGAAGCAAAGCGGUAAACCUAAGAAGCGAAAAAGACCUGCCUUGUCCUUACAAACCUCGAUGAAGAACAUCGUCUAUAAGGAAGUCCUUACAGGCUGA